UGUUUAGUGUGCCAUUGACGCUGAAUGCUGACGGUUCGUCGUCGUCGUAGUCGCUGUCGCUAUCGUUGGCGUCGCAUUUCCGUUGCCGUUAAAACGCGUCGCUAUAUAUGUACCAUAUAUAAAUAAAAUAAAAUACAUGAAGCGUGUGAAUUGGACUUAAAUCAAAGGUGUCUCUGUCAAUGGUGUUAAAUGCGAAUGUUAAUGAGAUUAAACACUGCGUUCUUUUCUAUUACCAUCAUUUGUGCUGAUUUCUAGUUUUUCUAUUGCUCACAUUUCACUGUUGCAUUGUGUAAUCUGAUAAUCUGAAACGCCGAACGCGCCGCGUUCACUGUUGCAUUUUUAAUGCAAUAACUAAAUUGCUAUUUACCGCAAUCGAUUUUCAUUGGCGGCCACCUGACGGCAACAACAGCGACAGCGGCAAGCGAGCAAUGUCCUUUCUCUCGCCCCUGCUGCGCCUAGAGAACUUGUCCACGGAGCCUAUCAUGAGUCUGGAUCAUGUGCCCGAGGCUCAGCGCUACAACAAAGACAACAUUGUCGCCCAAUGGUGUGCUCCCAUCAAUGGCAAGAUGUAUCGCAUCGAACUGGAACACGGCACCACCAGUGGACGUCGCAUGAUUUGGGUCAACGGUCGGGAGGUGCUCCGUCGUGAUUGGAUGUUCAAGCUGGUGGGCGAGGAUACGUUCAGCAUUGAACAGGCGCGCUGCAUUAUACGAGUGGAUCCUGCACCAGGUUUCAAGUACGAGUAUUUACUCUACAUAGAUGGAAAACCACAUGCCCAGUACACCGAGGAACUGACGCGUCAGUAUCGCCUUUGGCUUUACACUUGUGGGUCGAGUCAAACGGACGAAGCGGAUGCGCCUCAGGAAUAUCGCAUAAUGCUCAAGCUGGACACACUCAGUCUGUAUGUGAACGAUGAACUGCGUGAGGAGACGGCUGCAUUCGUUCACGGAGGCACAGACACGAGCUUUAUGCUCAACGAGACCAAAUUUGUGCUGCAAGCGCGAUCGAGUGGCAACAAGCAUGACGGGAUUGUGCACACGCUGCUGGCCAAUGACGAACUGGUGCCCGAGGCAAAGAUUCAACAGAUUAUGCAGGAACCCGUCUCUAUAUUGCAGACGAACUGAACAAAGCGGAGACAUUUGCAUUUGUUACUCAGAAUAUUAUUAGCGUAGAUUCUUAAUAAAAAAACUGAAAACUUUGAAUACGAAAUACUUUUCAUUCGCUUUUCUCCCACACAUAAUUAAGAAAACUGUAUUUAGUUUUACUUACACAAUAGUUUAUUCGUUUGUUUAUAUGCAUAAUUGUAACGCAAGUUGUUUACGUUCUCAAUUUCGUUUGACAUUUUGCUAGCAUUCAAAGUACUCAAAGUGCAUUAAGUAUACGUAUAAAAACAUUCAAACACAAUAAUUGAAAAACAGCAGUAUGAAAAAAGUCGCAGAAACAGACAUACAAUAGUGUUAUGUAUAAUUAAACUAAGUUUCAUUUUUCAUCAUCUUAAAAAAAUAGUAUAAAUUUAGUAGAAAUUCUAGAAAUUAAUUUUGUUUCUGGCUCUAAACUGUGUGUGUGUGUGUAACUGGAGAACUUUUCGAAUAAUAUAUUCCGCUGACUGACUGUAACUACAUUUUUUGUUUUCUUUUCUCUUUACAAUAAAACUGUGCAUUCUAAAUAUGAUUAAUGUGUUAGUAUGUACGUAUGUAUGCAUGUAUGUAUGUAGGUAUAUAAAUUAUGUUAUGUACUAUGUUAGGUAUUUAAUUGAUUGUUUGCUAUUAUUUCUUUGUGUUUAAUCAAAAACUGUUUUUUCUUCCUUCAAGUGUCUCAUAAUUUUAAAUUGCUUAUGUGUUGUCACUUUGAAUACAUUAACAAUUAACAUUUUCUUUUGUUUUUCAUUAAUUUAUUUAUCAUAUACGCGA